AUGAAGAUAAUCCGUUACGAUGGGCCCGUGUAUUUCGCCAAUGUGGCUUCCUUCCAAAAGAGCGUCUAUCGCCUCUCUGGCGUGGAUCCGGUGAAGGUGCAACGCGACUCGCAGAAGAGGGAGAGCAAGUGGAAAUUGUUCUCUUUGCACAAAAGCAGGUCUUCCACUCCAGCUGACAGCCUGCACAAUCUUCCAACUGAAGCCGUCGGCGAAAAGGAUAGAGUGGGAGAUAUGGUCAUCAGGUCAAGUACACCAGAAUCGUCCGAUGCAGAAGUCGAUGGAGAAAGUGGUGAAGCAUCCGAGAAGCCGCUGCGUUACAUUAUCCUGGAUGCUUCUGGAUGGAUGUUCACGGACACCGUUGGGUUGCGGGGAAUUAAAGAAAUGAUUUGCGGCACACUUUGCGGUUUUCUGAACAAGACUGCGGAUUUGGGAUGGUCAUUUUUGUGCGAGCAUUAUCAGGACCACUUUGUUUUAACAGAACCUGAGCGGGGGAAGGAAGUUGAUGGUCAGUCAAAAGGCGAGGAAUCUGGAUUGGCGGAGGAAGGCUUGAUUGAUGUGGGAGAAGAAAGUAAGGCCUCAGCAGUCAUUGAAACACAAUGGCAAGAUUUUGAAGAACCUCUAAAAGUGGCACCAGGAGAUAGUGUGAUUGACGAUGUGACAGCGACACGGAAGGAAGAGUAUGAGGGGGACAAGGAAGAGCAUCAAGAGGCCACAAAGGAAGGCGUAGAUGAAGCUGAGCCUGAAGUGGAGUGUGAGGGAACGAGGGAAGAGGUGAAGGAGGGGGCUACGGCAGAGCCGGAGGUGGAGGCGACUCCUGGUGUCGAUGGUGAGCCUAGCUAA